UCGUACUUUGGUGUCGUGUGUAGUGAUCAGUGAAGCAAAAAAAUUCCAACAACUAAAAAUGCCGAAAUUGGAACAAAAUUUCAACCAACUAUUAUCAUUAAUGACAGUGGCUUUCAACGAGCUAACAAUUGGUAUGGCGAAUGGCUGGGUGGCACCUACGCUGAACUCUUUGCAAAACCCUAAUGGCGAAUUCACCAUGACGCUGGAGGAAAGCUCUUGGAUAGCUUCUUUAGAAAACAUCGGUACAAUACCAGGAGCAAUUUUAACAGCAUUUAUACUCGAUGUAGUUGGUAGGAGAGUACUUCUGACAUCAACCGCCUUCGUUUUUUUCUUCAUGUGGGUAGUCACCAUAUUCACAAGAUCCGUACCAGUGCUUUGCCUGAUGCGAUUAUUGUUCGGCGUUUUUGUCGGUAUCAACGAGGGUACAAAUGCUCCUUAUUUGGCUGAGAAUAGUUCCCCGUAUAUUCGAGGCGUUUUUGGAGCAGUCUGCAUAACGAUUUAUUUCAUCGGUUUACUGGCCGAAUUCGUCAUUGCAACGUACUUCUCUUACACUACUACUUCCGCCAUCAACGCUACUGUAACGUUCUUGGCAUUUUUAUCGGUGCUGUGGAUCAAAGAACCUGUGCAAUUCUUACUCAUGAAAGGAAAGGUAACCAAAGCUGAGAAAAAUUUCGCCUGGUUACGAGGAAGUAGCAUUGAUAACGAAGAUAUCCAAAUGGAAUUCGAACGUAUCAAGCAAAACGUCCAAGCGGAAAAUUUGAAGAAGUUAUCUUUCAAAAAAACUAUCACAUCACCGGCUAAUUACAAAAGUCUUUUCAUAAUGAUUACGACUUAUGCUCUCAUAGGUUUCACUGGAUUUUUCCCAGUAAUGUCGUAUGCUUCUAUGGCCUUCUCAUCUUCUGAUAUCCUGACCCCAAACGAGUUCACUAUUUUGUUCGGUAUGGCUCAAGUUAUGGCUAUCGUACCUACGUCUUUAUUUAUUGGACGAUUCAAUCGUCGAUCUAUUAUUUUGAUCUCACUUUCUUUGAUUGCCACCAGUCACGCUGUAACAACCAUAUUGUACUAUAUGAAUUCUAGUAUUAUUUCCAUUCCAUAUUUUCCGUGGUUGAUUUUCACAUCGAUUACUUUCUACGCCAGUGUUUUUGCGUUUGUGUAUCCUGCCAUUUUUGUCAUAAGAGGUGAACUGUUCCCUUUGAGUGUCAAGGCUACAGGAGGAUGUCUUUCUAUUAUCGCUUUCAAUGCUACUAAUUUCUUUACCACUAAGGUAUUUCUCUAUAUUACCUAUGGUUGGGGUAUUGAAUUCAAUUUCCUGCUGUUUUGUUUGUUGACUUGUAUGUCGAUAUUAUUCGUUUAUUUCUUUUUACCGGAGACCAAAAACAAGUCGUUGAUUGAGAUACAAGAAAUGCUCGAAAAAACUAAGUAAAAAACGCUCAUCGAGUUGAAUUAUUCUUUUCGAGACAUUUUCAAUUAGAAAAUAAUUGGUUAGAUUGCUCAAAAAUUAUAGGCUCAUUUAGUUUACCACCGAAAAAUACCUACAUAAGGUUUGAUAUCAAUGAAGCACAAUUUUAGUACAUUCAUAU